CUGAGACGUGCACACAGACUGCUGACCGCGUAUCUUGGAAACUUUAAGCGGUAAUUUGGUUUUAGGAAAUUUUUUAAAUCAGAAGUAAAAAAAGUUCAGAGCUGUUUCCUGCUUUUCUCUUCAUUGCUACUGUCUCACUGUUUCCAGUGUCCUUGUAACGGCAAAAAAAUUAAUUCAGAAAGUUAAUUGAGUGGACGAAUAAACAUGAUGGACAUCAUAUUAAUGAUUCUUGUAGGAUUCAGAUUGUUUGUACUGCUUGUGCACGGAUCCCAGGAGUUUAACUAUCAUUAUGUAAAAGAACCGAUGAACUGGACAAAUGCACAGGCUUACUGCAAGAGUAACUUCACUGACUUGGUGACUAUUACAGAUGAGAAAGAACUUCAGGAAAUUCUGAACAAUCUUACAAAAGAAAAUGUCUCUGAUGCAGUAAUCUGGAUUGGGCUAAAAGAUAUAAAUAUGACCAAUGGAACAUGGAGCAACGGUGAAACAUUUACCUACCGAAACUGGAAUAAAGGGGAACCAAACAAUAAACAGAUAGCCUGUGGCUGCAUGUACUACCACAGAAAUGAAGUAAAUCACAAUGGCACUUGGAAUGACUGUGGCUGUAAUAACACUAGGACCGCCAUCUGCUAUGCAGUGAAAAGGAAGUUCCAUGCUGUGAACAACGCAAUGAUUUGGGUCUCAGCUUUUCAGUACUGCAAUUCCUAUUACAAUGGCCUCGCCACCAUCCGAAGUGGAAGAGAUGAGUGGCAUUUGCUGAAGCACCUCAAUGAAACCAACAUACAGGAGAAAGUGUGGAUUGGAAUGAGGAGCUCCAUGAUCUUUGGACACUGGUUCUGGAUGAAUGAUGACCCAAUCACUUACCAAAACUGGAUAAAUGACACGUCAGAGGGCAUUCGAGACACUUGUUUCUGUACCAGCCUGGAUCCGAAUCAGAAGAAGUGGGUCAGGCAGGCCUGUGCAGAACGAGCUUCAUUUGUCUGCUAUACAGACAACUAGCAUGGCAAAGAUUGAUUCUAUCCUCUCAGAUGGCUGUAAGAUGGGAGGACAGAUCGUCCACGACAGACUGAUCAGCUCUUGACUCUUGACGCUCUUCUGAGAACUGGCAAAGCAGUUUUGCUUUUAAAACAUUCAUGGAUUUCCAGUUGUGUUUUCCACAAAACAGAAUUUACAUUCACUCAUGAAAGCCAUUUGUACCACUCAAGCAUUUGUUUAAACUCUUAAUGAAAUGGCAAAUAAGAGUUUAAGACUGA